UAAAGGAGCCUCCCAUUUCCCUUGCACCCCGUUGUUUCCCUCUUGUGUGUGUGUGUCUAUGCAUGUGUGUAUGUGUGUGUGUGUGGUUCUGAAUGCCUGCCUGCAGACGAAAUAGAAGGUAAAGUCGAUUUUUUUUUAGCUCUUUAUGAAGCUUAUGAUAAAUCAGCUGUUCACGGAGGCAUCAGUUAACAAUGGCUCACCGUCUGUUUGAGGGCAAGAAGCAUGCAGCUUCUUACUUAAAGUACAGGGUCUCCCCAUCAGAACAUCUUAUACAACAGGUCCUUGGAUUCCUGGAAAAACGGAAAGCUCGUCCCUUUGAGCUGGCAGUGGAUGUGGGUUGUGGCUCGGGACAGGGCACUCAGCUGCUGGCCCAACACUUUGCUUCCGUGGUGGGGACAGAUGUGAGUCCUGCCCAGCUGGAUUUGGCUGUCCAGUAUGCCCUGGAGGCAAACAUCACAUAUAGAGAGUGUGCGGCUGAGGAGCUGCCGUUGGCUGACAGCUCAGUGGACCUGCUGACGGUUAUGACUGCGUUCCACUGGUUCGACAGGCCACGCUUUCUCCUGGAGGCCCACAGAGUCCUGAAGCCCCGCGGCUGCCUGGCUCUGCUCAGCUACACCAUGGACAUGGAGCUCAGCUACGACGGCUGCUGCUCGCAAGCACUCAACCAAGUCUGCACAGAGUUUUAUGCAGCUUUAAAACUCUACCGCGACCCUCACAUUGGUCCCAGCACUAUUGAGUUGUACCGGGCGGCGUAUGAAUCCAUCCCUUACCCGGACAAGGAGUGGCAAGAGUGUGUGAGAGUGAGAAAGGCCAUGCCUCUGUCCGGCUACAUGGGGAUGGUGGAGUCUUUCUCCAGCUAUCAGAUUCUGCUGAGAGCCGACCCGCAGAAGGCCGAGCAACUCUCCCAGGACAUCUGUCAAAAGCUGAAGUCCGUGAUGCAGGUGACCUCAGCAGAGGCAGAGGUGGUGGUGGCUGUGAAGUAUUACUACCUGCUGGCCUGUAAACCAGAGGAGGCCUGAGUCCGACACCUCUCACACUUUCAACACCGGCCAGCAAUGUCGUGGACACAGGAGAUCUAUGUGUGAGGUUGUUUUAUAAAAUACCACUAGAGGGUGACAUUCGAAUCAAGACUCCAUGUGUUUAUUGUCUCUGCUUUCACAGUCUAUGUUAAUUUUGUUGGGCAGUUUUUCAUGUGGCCUUCAUCCACUUUACAUAAUCUCAGAGACGUAUAUUCUCUUUAUUUGCAGACCACUGUAGUUUUAUUUGCCCUGACUCCUCCACAAUACUGAUUUUGCGUCGAAUCUUCAUUUGAUUUUAUCAGCAGUAAUUAAGAUUUCAAUGAUAGAGGUGAUGAACCUCAUAGUGGGAUUCUUCUGCUGGAGACAGACACACAUUAGAAACUGGCAGAGAGGAGGCAUUAAGCCUUCUGUCUCAUUGCCUGACUCCACUUGACUGAUAAUGGUGUUCUGAGUGGACGAGUUUGUUUUCCUCUGCAUUUCUCUACACUGUGCCAGCAAGUUGUGCGUCCUCAGCUGUCAGUCACAUGUUCUCAGCUCGACUGAGCCACGU